AUGUCCGAACAACAUGGGUCCAGGACAGCCCCAUUCUAUCCCAUCCCGCCUCGCCGCAUCGUCAGUGUCGAGCACCCGGCGAUUGUCAAGAAUGUCGAUAAAGCCAUCGACACACUCCAGGGUAACACAGGGAUCUCCAAGAUGCUAAACCCUCCAAAAGCCGAUACUCCGGCUUAUCUCUACCUUCGACCAGAGGAUGCAAUGUCAAGACCUAUUCAGUCAACCAGCUUGCCAUCCAACAACAUCCUCCUGAAGGUGACCGUGCCCAGACGGACUGGUCGUAAGCGCAAGCGAGGAUCAGAUGAGCCGUUCACCGGUGUCCCUGUCUCGACGCUUGGCCCUGAGUUUCAGCCACGGCGCAGCGCAAGGGAGCUCCUGCGGAGUUUGCGCGAUAAUGCUGGCAAAUAUCAGAUUGAACCGGUCGGUCUUGUGAACCGGACGCAUGUGUUUCGAGGGAUGCCGGACUUUGUCUUCUCGAGUACUGGUAGUUCCUUCGCUAAUCGGUUUCGGGAGCAUAUUCUGCCCUUUGACUAUGAAAAGAUGAAGCAAUUCAAUCUAGACAUGGCCAAAGGCAUGUCAUCAAACGUCGAUAUCAUCCCACCGCCAUCCUUCAGCCAGGGAGAUAUCCCCUUCACCUACGCGUACCGGCAAAACCAAGCAGUCCGCCAAUCGAUUGAUGCAUCAGGCAACAUAACAACAGUCAACACACAAAAACCCACAAAGGUCCUGACGCACUUAGUCUCCUACGACGUCCCGGAAGUACCCAGCAAACCGAACGAAAACACCCCACCCCUAGAAACCCAAGACGCCACCCUCCGAGAAACAGUAGCCAUUAUCCGGGAACUCUUCGAGAAGCGCCCAGCCUGGACGCGUCGUGGACUCCGCAACAACCUCAGGACAAUCGAACAGCGAUACGCCCUCCGGCUCGCAAUCCCCUACGUAGGCUACAUCAUGCGUUCCGGACCCUGGCGCGACGCCAUCAUCAAAUUCGGGCACGACCCGCGCUCAUCCCCAGACUACCGCCCCUACCAAACAGUCAUGUUCCGUAUCCUGCCCCGGGAAGCGGACGUCGCGCGCGAUGGCUACGCAGGGCGUCGUCACGCCGUGCCCCGACUCAACGACCCGGCCGCGACGGAUCCCUCUAGCGAUCUGAAAACAGAUACGCACAUCUUCACGGGCCAGCUGCCGCUGCCGCUCGACGGCCGGAUGUGGAUGUUCUGCGAUAUCACCGACCCUCUGCUGAGGAGUAUCGUGUUCCCGGCGGAGGAGGCACUUGGGUUUAUCCGCGAGACAUGCGAUACAGUCAGCGAUGGGUGGUAUGGGAGUGGGACGCUCGCGAAACUGAAACUGAUCAUGCGUCAUAAGAUCCUUGGGCUCAUUGAGGAGCGGAUUCCCGAUGAUCAGGACUUUUCGCGGAUUCUGAGUUUCCCGGAUUAUGCGACGCCGGAGAAUGUGAAUACGGCGUUUACGCUGGAUGCUAGCGUUGUGUCGAAUAAGGAGUUAACUAUGGCGACGGAGAUUAGGGCGAUGAUUAAGGGGACCCCAUCGUGGAGGGAGUCGAAUCAGGGACAGCAAGAGCAGGAUGCGACGGCGAAGCGUGGGAAAGGCGCUGCAGGUCGUCGAGUGCAGUGGCGGGAUACGGCGGGCGAGGAUGAGAGCGAAGGUGAAGAGGAGGCCAUUGAGAAGCAGGAGAUUCUGGAAGCAGCUGUGGAUGAGGCUAUCGAAGCCGCUACGGCAGGUGGAGAUGAUGACAGAAAUGAUGAUCUUGGAGAGUCGGAUGGGGGAGAGGAUAUCGAGGAGUCGAGACCUCGGCGCAAGUCAGCAAGUCGGCGGUGA